AUCAGUUGAAUUUUGUGCAGCAGUGAAUGAAGAAGUGAAAAUGAGAAUAUUUAUUGGAUUAGCAUUUCUUGCUAUUUUCCAUUUGGCAAAUGCAAAAGAUCUUUGCCUUUGCUGUGGAACGGAUAUUUUGAGUCAAGAUACAGGGAAUUGUAGCCUCCUAGUGACGCCAUUAGUGCAAGAAGAUGUGAUGAUGCUUCAGAAGCUAUGUGAGACGGAGCAUUCUAAGCUUGUUGUUGAUGAAUACUACGGCUCAUAUGAACGAUCCUACUACGAAUAUAUUCCGUACUUAGCAGCUGAAAGUUGGGCUAUUACAAUCAGGCCUGAUUUCUACUUUGAAGACUGCAAAAAAGACAUAGAUAACAUCGCGAGUAUGCUGUACUGGAUAAAGAAUGCAUCAUCGAAUUUCCUUUAUAAUCUCAAUGGAAACUACCUUGCAAGGAAGGUGGCUAAAAUUGGACAUGGUGAAAGAAUAUCCCAAUUAGGGAGAUACAGGUAUGACAGACAUGCCUGGGAUGCACGAUUCACGCCUUACCGACUUGACGGUUAUCCUGAUAUAAGUGCAUUCGAAGGGGCUUAUGAAUUCCUCGUUCGACGCCUGCCACUCUCCUACGAAGUGAGCAAUACGCAAAAAGUUCGACAGAUUACUUGGGAUCUACAGGAGGAACAUCUGGGAGUUUUUACGUAUCACAAUCCUUCACCGUAUCCUCAAAAGUUCGCUAUUGAAGUUUCCUUUCCGAGUGAUAUUACCUACGAAACUGAAGAGUAUCUAGUUCCUGGAACAUUGCUGAAGUACAAAGGUUCCAAUGAGACAUUUACACUGAAAACUGGGGAGUUUAUUAGUCAAACUCUGAACUAUACUGUUACCUUCAACAUAACUAUCGAACCACAUCGAACUGUUUCGGCUAAAGUUAUCGGAGUAUGGACUAAGGUUGAAAAUGUCUUUACGGCAACACUCAAUACAACAUUCCUCCAACUAGGAAGUUUUGCAGAGUAUGAAGUUAAGGAGAAUGUAACAGGAACGAAAAUCAACAUUAGGUUUGGACGAUUCUAUCUUUCGGAGAUCCAAGAAAUCAACUCAGAUGACUACAUUGUUAUCAGCUAUAAAGCCAUUGGUAAUAUCUUGUUCGUAGUUGCUUUCCUUUUGGUUCUUCUUCUCUUGUUCAUCAUUGUAAGAAGGAUCAAGAAGUGUUGCACAAAGAAGCCUUCUCCAGAAGGGUACACCGUGUUGAAUGAAUAGAUUGUAAAUCUUGAUCAAAAAAUGAGUCAACACAGAGAUUAAUCCAUUUAUCAGUGAAGAUUUUUUCUCUGCAAUAUUGAAUGGUAAUCUCUGUUUGUCGUCAAUGAGAUAAGAUAGGGUUGCAUGGAGGAAAGAACAGAGAAAAUAAUGAAUAAAUUGUAAAUUAUAUUCUGAAAAUUAUUAUAAUAAAAUAUUCUUUUAUACCAA